AUGGUAGCUGAAGCUUUGAAUGGGUUGUUGUGGAGAGACAAGGAGGAAAAUUUGUAUAAAGGCUUCAAGGUAGGAUCCAACAAUGUGGAUGUUAGUAUCCUACAGUAUGCAGACGACACAAUCUUCCUAGGAGAGGUAACUAUGGAGAAUGCAAAGGCCAUUAAAACUAUUCUGAGGACAUUUGAACUUGUGUCAAGCUUAAAAAUAAAUUUUGCAAAGAGUGGCUUUGGAGCUUUUGGUGUAACGACUCAAUGGAAGCAACAUGCAACCAAAUAUUUGAAUUGUGGGUUGCUGACUUUUCCUCUUGUUUACCUGGGUAUACCAAUAGGGGCCAACCCAAGGCGAAGGCAUAUGUGGGAUUCCAUUAUUCAGAAAUGUGAGCGAAAAUUAGCAAAGUGGAAAUAG